AUGACGGAUGAUGAAGAUGCCAAAAAUAUGGAGCCGACGACCGAUGUAAUGGAGACUCUGGAAAGAGCCACUCGUAUUCCUUUUGAUGACCUCUCCUUCACACCUGGUCCUGUCAGGGUGUAUAAAAGGCACUGGUGCAAUACUGGCUGCUCAAACAUCGAGGAUUUACACAUGCAAAUUAGCUGGCUUCAUCCUAGUGUGCCAGCCGAACUUGCCACAAGUCGACGUUCCCACCGGGUUCAAUGCUUGGAUCGGAACGAUUCCUCUCCCAGAAGAGAGACUCGCGCGAAGUGGACAUUGAUCAAGGACGGUGAUUUUAUCGCGUUUGAGGAAUGCUCAGAUGUAGAUAUCAGCUACGGAGGAGGUCGUCAUAGGGUCAUCACUGUAGUGGUUGAUGGGUUAACUGUCACACAAGGGAACGUCACCGACUACAUGGCCGCCUGGCGAAAUGGCAUCGCGUCUGACUACGAUAACAACGGGAAUCAGGAGAUUGCAGGUUCGACCCCUGCGGUGGUCAUUUUGGUCCUGACCACAAUUGUCCCUUUUUCCACCCUGCAUGCCAACCAGUAG